GUUAUAUAAGGUCUGCGAAACGUUCGGAUCUCUCACUUUGCUCUUGGUCUUGGACUUCUUGCAAAGCUAACUUGUGGAGAGCGAACUCUUUGAGUUUUAAACCGCUUGAGACAAACUACUGGAAAAACUACUGGUUCUUGUUGAAAAAACAAAAACUACAAAACCACUGAAUCCCUCUGCUGUUGUUGGAAGCCGGAGAGCUUGAACAUGGCCUUCUGUCGUCUACCUGAGGAACGGCUGCUAAUGAUGGCAGUCGCCCAGUUGGACAUCCGUGGAGGUGGUGUAAACCCCUUCAUUGAGCGUCCUGCAGAACAUGGCCUCCCUGAAGAUGAAGGUGAGUAUGAGGAAGGUGACUAUGAGGGAGGUGAGUAUGAGAUUGCUGUUGCAGAUGAAGAUGAGCUCUCCCCCGACGAAGAAGAUGACGAUCAGCUGGUCGACACUGACCAGGAUGAGGAUGACGACACAGGUGAUGAGGACGACUGGUCUGACAGUUUCAGCGAUGAUUCCGGGUAUGACUCCCUGUCUGAAGAGGAAGAGGAUGAAGAGGAUGAAGAGGACGUUGAAGAAGAUGUUGAAGAGGAUGUUGAAGAGGAUGAUGAUGGCAACAUCCGACCUUGCUCCCCUCUCACCCAGCAGUUCCCAGCUCCAGGCUUUUGGCAGAGAUGGGAACAUGUGUCUCCCCCUGCUUUUUUCUGGCCCCGCUCUUUUGAUGUUCAACAUCAGGAGAUUCCAGCCUCUCAAAGGUCAAAAAAGUCUGCUCCUUCAACCUCAGGCCUUGGGUCCUCCACAAAGAGAAGCAGGGAAGAGAGCGACACGCUGCAGGUAAGUAUGAAAAAGCAGAAGUGGAAUUGUGAGGACAUCCAUGACGAGUCAGCUCCCUCAACUUCAGGCCUCAGUUCCUACAGGAGCAGGGAAGACAGCCACAGGGAGUCAGCCCCCCCUGCUGAAGAUGGUCUACCCUCAGCCUCUCAAAGGUCAAAAGAGUCUGCUCCUUCAACCUCAGGCCUUGGUUCCUCCACAAAGAGAAGCAGGGAAGAGAGUGACACGCUGCAGGUAAGUAUGAAAAAGCAGAAGUGGAAUUGUGAGGACAGCCAUGAUGAGUCAGCGGCAUCGAC